AAUAAAUAAAAACGGCGGAAAGCUUUCUAUCUAUCUUGGGCAGGCAUUUUCAGAAUAUAAAAUAUAAUGAAGUUUUACUGUUUAAGUAACGACCCAGUUCACUCAUGUUUUGUGGUGACAUUCAAAGAAUUGACAAUAAUGUUGGAUUGCGGACUCGUGAUGGAACCUAUUCUCAACUUUUUACCUUUACCAUUAGUUCAAAGUUCAAAAUUCAGCUCAUGCCCCAACUGGAUCCAUCCAAGAGUGAAUGAAAGUCAACUUGAUGGUGAACUUAAAAAAACUGGAAAUCAUGUGUUUAUUGACUCUCCACCGGAAUUUCAACCGCCAUUAGAGAAAAUAGUUGACUUUUCUGAAAUUGACGUAAUUUUGAUAUCAAACUACAUGAAUAUGCUUGCACUUCCUUACAUCACUGAAAGAACAAAUUUCAAAGGAGUCGUUUAUGCUACAGAGCCGACACUUCAAAUUGCUAAAUUCUAUCUCGAAGAGCUUGUUGAAUACAUAGAAAUUGCACCAAAGGCAAAUAAAGCUUGUAAAUGGAAAGAGUUUCGAGAACUACACAACUUAAACAAUCUGAACCUUGAAUUGAGUCCAUGGAAAUGGAAAAAACUGUUUGACAUUGAUGAUGUACAUAAAUCAUUAUCGAGAGUUCAUAUUGCUGGGUUUGAUCAAAAGAUUGAUGUAUACGGCGCUUUGGAAGUUUCGCCAAUAUCUUCAGGUUUUUGUUUAGGAUCAGCAAAUUGGAUUUUAUCAACAGAAAUGGAAAAAAUUAGUUACAUCAGUGGAUCAUCAACAUUAACAACACAAGCAAAACCAAUAAAUCAAAAUUCAUUAAAGAAUUCUGAUGUUGUCAUAAUGUCGGGACUAACUCAAGCUCCUCAUAUCAAUCCCGAUGCUAUUCUUGGGGACUUGUGUAUGAAUGUUGUGUUAACAUUAAGAAAUAAUGGAACAGUUUUGAUUCCAUGCUAUCCAUCUGGCGUUAUUUACGAUCUAUUUGAAAUUUUAUCACAAAGACUUGAUGAAAGUGGACUAACAACAAUCCCAAUGUUCUUCAUAUCACCAGUUGCAGAGCAUUCUCUUGCUUAUUCAAACAUCUUAGCUGAAUGGCUUUCCAGUACCAAGCAGAACAAAGUUUAUAUUCCUGACGAGCCAUUUCCGCAUGCAAACCUUGUGAAAAAUGCGAGACUCAAAUUCUUCAAGCACAUUUUCUCUGAAGGUUUCAGUUCCGAAUUCCGACAACCUUGUGUUAUAUUUUGUGGACAUCCCAGCUUAAGAUUUGGCGAUAUUGUUCAUCUUAUUGAACUGUAUGGGUCAAAUCCCAAUCACACGAUCAUUUUCACUGAACCUGACUUCCCAUUUUUACAAGCUCUUGCUCCUUUUAAUCCACUUCAAAUGAAAGUUGUUUAUUGUCCAAUUGAAACUUCAUUGAAUUUUCAACAAGCAAAUAAGAUGAUAAAAGAUUUAAAGCCAGAAGUUUUAGUUAUUCCUAAAGUUUAUACUCAUCCACCACUUGUGGCACCUCAUCGAGAAGAUCUUGUAAUUGAUCGAUUGAUUGCAAAACAAAUAAUAACAUUUAAAUGUGGUGAAUGCAUUAAACUUCCACUUAAAAGAAAGAAGAGCCAAGUCUUCCUUGAUCCAGAAGUUGCAUUAAAUCUCAUUCCACAAGAAAUCCAAACUGGAGUUAAAGUCGCACCAAUUUCCGGUUUACUUGAUGUUAGAGAUAAUGUUCAUAAUAUUAGAAAGUGUGAUGAAGUUGUGGAAGGCGUUCCUAAGCAGCUUGUUAGUAGUUUAUUCAAAAAGAACGCCACUUAUGAAUAUGGUUCGAUGGGACCAAUGGAUAUUGACUUGUUCUUAAAGAAACUGAAACAAGAUGGGAUAAGCGAUGUAAAAUUAACACAGACGAGUGAAACUGAUGGUGUUUUAACAAAGAUUAAAUUAGUGAACGAAGAAAUCGAAAUCAACAUUUCAGAGAAAGGAACUCACAUCAUUUGUGAAGGCAAACAAAGUUGGAGAUUACAAAUUCGAGAUGUUCUCAUGUCGUGUAUGAAUAGAUUUUAAUUAAAAUAUUUUUUAAUAUAAAGAAAACAUUGAAAAACUCGAAAAUUUUCACCAACUGGUCGCAUGGUCAAUUGAGUAAUAUUAACAUUUGGUGGUUGUUUGAGAAGAUAUUGAACUACAUCUGAAAUUAUUUCUGACUUUAUAUGGGGCAAUAGCUCAAUGUCUUGG